GCGCUAGGCAGGCCCUGGCCAGAGCGCGCGGCGACACCGGGCCAGCAGCAGCAGCAGCCCCUGCACGGAUCGUCCUGUGGCCAGCAUCGCCGGCACGAUGCUGAUGAAAAUUGUUCUGGUGGCGGCGGUGGUGAUAGCUUUUGAUCUCGGCGUCGCAGAGAUAGACAAAGGGUGCAUGAACCGAAAUGACAGGAAACACAACCGUGAUCUUCUGAAGACGACAAGAUGCUUGGACCCCCAGCCGAGCCUCGUCCAGCUGCCGGUCCCCGAAGGAUUUGACUAUGUUAUGCCCAGCGUGGUCACGCUUCCCCAGUGCACGGGCCUGUCCUGCAGCGCCUUCCCCGAGCGGUGCCUCCCCAUGUCCGGACAAACCCUGAACCACACCUACAAGGUGUACGCCAGGAGCAGGAACGGAACACAGCCAGUGUGUGCCAAGGUGACGGUGCAGGAGCAUCUGGCCUGCGAGUGCCGCUGUGACGAGCGUGCCUGCCCCAGCAACAGGGUGUUCAACAUUGAGACCUGUGACUGUGAGUGUAAUCCUCACCUGGAGACAAGGUGCAACGCUCGCCGGGAAGUCUAUGGCGAGGAAGUAAUGUGGUCCAAGAGUAUGUGUUCCUGUGAGUGUGACAAUGUCGAGGAGUGUGGCUCCAAUCAAUUCUGGGACCCAGAUAAGUGCGAGUGUGCAGCCAUAUACUAAAGAUGUGCUCAAGAUACGACGCAGCAGAGGACUACACAGACUCGGGCAACGGCUCCCUUUGGCUCCCAGGGCAGGAGCCACUCCCUCCUGAUAAAGAAAAAAUAUUCUGGAUUCCAGCAAGUGCUCUUAUCAGAUAAAGGAGAUACUGAAAUAUGUAUACACACCGACGUGUCACUUUAGUAUAUACUGUACACAAAUUCACAAUAAAAAAAUGCUGUUAAUAGCAUCACAUUACUGUAGAUAUUUUGGCAAUAAGCGAACCAGCUCCUUUAAAAAAAUGGAGCAUCUUCUUAUGGUCUUGCAGGCUGUAGUGGUAUCAGUUACGUGAUCAUAUGAUACUUCCUUGGAAACCUGACGGUUAACACCAAGAGCACAUAGACCACUGAUGUGCUCUUGGGACACUGCAGCUCUUGUUUAGUUUCAGCACUGAGAGCUUUGUGAAAAAUCCCUGAAAACGACCCAGAGUUUAAGGUCACAUGAAUAAUAUGAAAAAUGCCGACGUAUAUCUUGGCCCUGAAGGGAGAACUAAUUUCUAAACAUUUACUUUGCCGAGAUUUGUGUAAUCACAGUCUGUCAAGUAUACACAGCAGGAUCUGACAGGGUUUUCCUUAGGAGGAUAAGCACUACUCAACACUGAUGGAUUGUGAGCCACUUCACGUGCGCCACGCCAGCCGGUCACUGAUGUAAACGAGGAACAGUUGUGGAAAAUGUCUGCAGAAGGCGAGCUUUGAGUGAAGGAAAAUUUACUGGAAUGGAAUAAAUCAUGAAAUUAAGAUUAAUGAAUCAAUAAUGCAUAAUUAAAAAUGUUUGGCAUCGUUAUAAACUUCUCAAUUGAAAUGAAGCAUAUUCUCUUAUACUUUCUUGAAGAAAACGUAGAUAUUAAGCUCGUUUCUUAUAAGACAUGCACGACCAUGGCAUGGCUAUGGCAACUGUUCCUCGGAUUAUUGCUUAAAAAGGCCAGGCAUGGCUUUGUCAAGAUUUGUUUUCUCGUCAGACGUGCACCACUUAUUGUGGGGUUAAAGAUUAAAAAAGAAGUUGUCUCGCUAUAAUACUGUGCCGCUGACACAGUUGAGGAGACGUACAUUUAUAAUGGAUAAAAAAUAAGGAAAAAACUGCUUAUUAAAGGAAACUAAAUUAAUUCUGCGUGCACAUUUGUAGAAGUAACAAUAUUGCACCAGUUUACCAUUUUCCCUUUAUGUCCAAGGUGACAAGGUCAAGCAUCGCAAUAAACCAUAAAAACAA